UAUUACGUGACUCAUGUGUGACCAAGCCAUCCAUUGUUCUGUGUAGUUUACAUUACGAAUGUGAUCUGUCAAAGUGUACAUCAACAGCUUUAUAUAAUUUUAUAUAUAAAAAAGUAAUUAAAAAUAAAUAAUUAAACUAUCAAAUAUGGAACCAGAAAGAAUUGAACAGUCUGAUUUAUCAGAAGUCAUUUUAAAUGAGAAUACUGAUACCAACACACAAGAUCGUAAGUCAUUGAGACGACCAAAGCGAGUAUUACAUUUUUCGGAUGGGGAUUUAGAAGAAUAUUCUGAUGAUGAUACUGAUACACCAGAAACAAAUAAAGCAGCAGAUGAAAUAGACCCAAAAACUCUAACUUGGUUACCUUGGGCUUGGCAUCGAACUACUUACAUCAGUGGUAAAUUAUUGGAUGGAUGUGAUUGUGUAGGUGAAUGGUUAGCUAGUUUUUUUGGAAUUACAGCACCCAAGUAUCAAUUUGAAAUUAAUGAAUUCUACAGACUGCAGGCUCUUGAAAAUGAAAUGCAACAUAAACAGGAUUUAGAAAUGGCAGGGUGGACUGAACCUACUAAAACUAAUCUUGUAAAUAAUGUGUAA